AUGCCUCUUCCAGACACAAUGUACUGUUCCCAGCAAAUCAACAUCCCUCCCGAGCUGCCAGACAUCCUCAAAAACUUCGCUAAAGCAGCCAUCCGUACACAGCCUAAGGAUUUGCUGCUGUGGUCUGAGGGCGUCUUCUUACUCCUUUCCUCGCUCUUUCUGUCUCAGACAGGGCUGUUGGUUGCAUGUUAUCAAGGUUAUGUGGACGUCGUCAUAGCGCUGUCUCAGUGUCCGUAUCUGGAUGUCAACUGGCAGGACAGCGAGGGAAACACGGCUCUCAUCACUGCUGCUCAAGCAGGCCACAUCACAAUCACCAACUACCUGCUCAACUACUACUCUGGGCUGGACGUCGAGAGGAGGAACUGCCACGGCUUCACGGCUCUGAUGAAAGGUGCCAUGCAGGGCAGGGUGGAGUGUGUGCGCUCGCUCAUGAUGGCAGGAGCUGCCCUGAAUGCUAGGGACUUUGGCCGCCACUUCACUGCCAGGGAGUGGGCCAUAUUUACAGGCCGUUACGAAACUGCCUGGGUGAUGAUGCGCCUGAUGGAACGGCCCUGCCCGCACCAGUACUGUGAUACAUACAGUCUAGAGUGGCCCCCACUGGCGUCACUGGUGGCCAGAGCCCAGGAGCCCCGUGGCUGUCUGAAGCGCUUGUCGGACACCGUACGGAGCGUCUUCAACUUCGCAAAUGUCACCAACCCUGAGGAUGAAGGCGUUAUCGACCACAUGGUUUCUAUCACGACUGCCAUGAGGAGCCCUUUCAUUGCUGUGGCAUGUCAUACAGUGUGUCCUGACAGCCCUCCAGCGGUGGGCAAGCGGCGCUACUCAGUUCCUGAGAUCAUCCGCCAGCAGCGUGCCAAGGAGCUCCGCUCCAUCAACCCUGACAGGGUGGAGAGCCACCUCAAGCUCUUCCAGAACUCCCGGGUCACUCUGGUGGCCAAACACUCAACAGACCGCCGGGCCAGCCUUCAGCCCCACAGCCUGAUGCCUCGACACAGGAGCUCCAGCCUGGUGGCUCAUAAUGAAGCCCUGGAGCUGCGGAGAACCAGCCUACUGCCCAUGCACAUGGUGCUGAGGAGGAGCAGCGUCAGGCCUGGGUUCAGUAUCCCCAAAGUGAGGGUGUCCAAGGCCCCCACGGCCACUUAUGAACCAGAAAAGAUCCGGAGGAAGAGCAGCGCCAAAGAUGGAGGGGGACACCUGCUGCAAAUACCAAAGUGGCGAUACAAGGAGCUAAAAGAAGAAAGGAGGAAAGCCGAGGAGGCUGAAAGAAGGAGGCUGGAGGCUGUGACCAAGAGACACCUUGCUGCCGGGAAAAAGAAAUAACAUUGUUUUAGAAGAUGCCAUUUACACCCACAAAGAGACGACAUCAGGACAGACUAUAACGUUUCAGAGGAUUGGCUUUAAUAUUUUUUCUAGAAGAUAUGAAUUAGCAGCGGUGUUCCUAAAAGAAGACAGUUGGCCUCUUAAAGAUGGCCGCCGGAGCUCUGACAGCAUUACACGUGCACAAUGCUCGGUGUCCUUCAUGAUGUCAAACAGUGAAUACCCAGGGGAUUUGAUACUUGAAAUGUUUUUAAUUAACUUAUUUUUCAUAUUUAUUGCUUUUAGAUGGAGGGUCUAUAUUUUGUUACGCUUUGGGUGCUCAGUGUUUUUGUACUGUGUAACUCUGUAUUGGACACAUUCUUUCAGACUAACCACAGCAUGUGUUCAUCUUUCUACCUAAACAAUGGAAACAAUUCAUUAAAGAUGUUACGGGAGAAUGUCUUUUAUUGACUGAGAAAUCUAAACUCAUAUAAAAUCUAACAGCAAUAUUUUUAGAUGCUUUUUGUUUAGCUUUAUAAUGAAAAACCCAUGAAUGUAUUACGUAUAUAUAUUUUAUAAUAGAGAUUUAAAUGAUUUUUUGAUGACAAACCUUUAUUUUUUAUUUAAUAUCGACUUUUUCACACAUUGAUAUACAAACAACUAUGUUUUCUAGUCUUAAAGUUCGAGACCAAGACUGAAAUGUGGAGCACUAUUGUGAUGUAACACUUCCCACAUUCAAUGUGACGCUACUCUCAGAGGGAAUGUGGAGUAAACAGGGUACUGAUGAUGUGAACAAAAUAAAACUGUGGAUGUGAUUGUGAUUGAGCCAAAUGUUGAUGCUUUAUUGCUGUUAGAAUUUCAAAUGCCUAGCCAUGUUGUGUUGCAAAGUUAAUAAGAAAAUAAUGGAUUUUAUUUCUCUUUUUGACUUUCAUUUAACAUCUUAGCAUUCGGGGGAUUUAACAAUUGCAGAAGGUUGAGCCUCAAGUAGAAGUGAAGUGAUAAGUGAUAAAAAA